AAGGGUUUGAUGUAUUUCAAAAAUCAAAGUAUUGAUUUUAUGAUGAUAGAGAUCUGAAGCCUUGGUUUUUGCAUUUCUUUUCUUCAAGGGUAUGGGGAAUUUGUUUCAGAGGAUUUAGUCUGAGCUUUUGUAAGGCGGGGGUAUGACAGUCCGGCCUUCCCAAGAUUGCUUGUCCAUAAGAAAUUCAAAUUGGGAUGACGAAGUUGGGAGUGCUCAAGAUGAUCCUCAAUUGGAAAUGGCUUGAACAUAUGCCUGAGGUUGAACGCAUGCCAGAACGUAUCAAAAGAUGGCUUAGGACAGAAUGGCUUUGGCGAGCAUAUGCAAAUAGGCUACAUACUCAGUGGCAGAAGAAUUUCCAGUGGAUCCUGGUAGAACCUUACCGGCGGCCGAGAUCCUUUAUACCAUUUAUAUCAAUAAAUAUUGCAGCGUUCUACACAGGUGUUGUAGGUGCAGCAAUUAAAGAACAACUUUACAAGGAAAAAUAUUGGGAGGAGCAUCCAGGGGAGGCUGUUCCAAUGAUGAAGCCAUCAUUUUACGGGGGCCCUUGGAGGGUUCAAAGAGAGGAUUUUAAAGAGCCUUGAAAUCAAUGUUCAUGUGUGAAGCAACAAGGCCCUUGGAGGGUUCAAAGAGAAGAUUUUAAAAAGCCUUGAAAUCAAUGUUCAUGUAAAUUCUCUACUUCUUAGUGCACUUCCAAGUUAUUUUAAUGUCAAAAUUAGGGUAAACUAAAUACUGAUUCUUGCUUCUUUUUAAGGUGUGAAGCAACAAGCAACAAGUAUUUCUAGAUGAUUCUUUUGUAGUAUAUCCUGUUUUCAAAAUUAUAAAUAUGAAAUCUUGUACUUUCUAACAAGGAACAUCCAGUAAGGUGCAAAGUUGUAGCCUGUUCUUUGAAUAUGGCCUUUAAAUGCUUUGACUUCAAAUUUUAUUUUGAUUCUGUGUUUGUAUUAUUCAAGCAUAUUCUUGUAUGAUCUAAAAUCUAGUAGACGAAAGUUAUCAUUCAAGAAAGAAAAUGUAUAAAAGGAAUUUUAAGUUUCCCUUAAA